CUGGCCGCCGCCGAGCUCCGCGGAGCGCUGCGGCGGGGGGGGCCGGGGCAGCUGCUGGGACAGUCCCUUCAGUGCCCCGUCGGAGGCAUCGCCUGCACCGCCGGGCAUGGGUGCCGCGGCUCCGAGCUCUGCUGCCUUGUCCCGUCCCGAUGAGUCCUCGCCGGAGCAAGUGAGUGAGGGUGGCGCCCGGGCGGGCGCCGGCGGCCCGGCCUUGGGAGAGAGGAUGUGGUGAGAGGAUGGGGCUGUCUCCCGCGGGGGCUCGCCAUGGCCAGGGAGGACUCGGUGAAGUGCCUGCGCUGCCUGCUCUACGCCCUCAACCUCCUCUUCUGGUUGAUGUCCAUCAGCGUAUUAGGUGUUUCUGCCUGGAUGAGAGACUACCUGAAUAAUGUUCUCACUUUAACUGCAGAAACAAGGGUGGAGGAGGCUGUCAUUUUGACUUACUUUCCUGUGGUCCACCCUGUCAUGAUUGCAGUCUGCUGUUUCCUCAUCAUGGUUGGAAUGCUGGGCUACUGUGGAACAGUGAAAAGUAAUCUGUUGCUCCUUGUCUGGUACUUUGGAAGCUUGCUUGUAAUAUUCUGUGUUGAACUGGCCUGUGGUGUUUGGACCUACGAGCAGGAAAUAACGGUUCCAGUGCAGUGGUCUGAUAUGAUCACACUGAAAGCCAGGAUGACCAAUUAUGGCCUACCUAGGUACCAGUGGCUGACCCAUGCUUGGAAUUUCUUCCAGAGGGAGUUUAAAUGUUGUGGGGUGGUGUACUUCACAGACUGGCUGGAAAUGACAGAGAUGGACUGGCCACCUGACUCGUGUUGUGUCAGAGAGUUCCCAGGAUGCUCUAAGCAGGCACAUCAUGAGGAUCUCAGUGACCUUUAUCAAGAGGGAUGUGGUAAAAAAAUGUACACUUUUUUGAGGGGAACAAAGCAAUUGCAAGUGCUGAGAUUUCUAGGAAUCUCUAUUGGAGUAACGCAGAUCUUGGCUAUGAUCCUCACGAUUACUUUGCUGUGGGCUCUGUAUUAUGACAGAAGGGAUCCUGGGACACAUCAGAUCAUGGCCCUGAAGAGUGAUACCUCACAGCAGUUGUCAUGUAAUUCUGUGGAGCUACUGGCACCAAGCCUGACAAGGAUCUUUGAACAUACAUCCAUGGCAAACAGCUUCAAUACACAGCUUGAAAUGGAAGAGCUAUAGGUGAUGCAAUCAAUCUAUGAAGUCACAAAGGGUUUUAAUUGGGUUUUCUUGUUAUUCUGUUCCAUCAAGUAUGCCAGAUAUACCAGUCUUCAUGUGAAUCAGAAACAGCUGAUGAAGUGAAGGAGACCAGCAAAGAAAGGAUAACCCAGUCAGCCUCUUAGCCAUAGUCUCAGCCAUGAAACAGUUGAAUGUGUUUGUUUUUAAAAAGGCACUCAUUCACUGGGCACAGUAAUGCUUAACUUAUUUUCACAAGCUGUGUGAUGUGUAAAACACUGAUUCACUCACAGGCAGACAACCUCUAAGGAAGCAUCACAGGAAAGGAAGAGAAAUGCUCAUCUUUGGAAGAAAUGACUGUUCUUUGGAUGAACAAAAUGUGACUUCAGUUGAAAUUGACUUACAUUUUUAAUAAGCCAUUUUGAAAAUGUCUUAAUCAGGGAUCUAUGUAUAUAUAAUUGUGUGGUUUUGUGCGUGCAUGGGAAGCAGAACUGCAAGUCAAUACUUGGAUUUAAAAAUUUGCAAGAUUUGUAAAAAAGGGCAAGUUUUUCUUUUUCUAACAAAACUUUUAGCUGUUGUUUAAGAUGUUCUGAAACGUCUAUUUUUAUCUAACAACUGUUUAAUUUUUAAUUUUAAAUAUAUUAAACAAAUUGAAACAAAAACUGUUGACUUUGGACAGUAGACUUAAAUUUUCUGAGUAAUUCUGGAGAAUUCUUCUUUGAAACAAAUUGUUCUAAGGACUGUUUCAUAAGAAAGAAAGCCUUAAACAUUCUUUCCAAAAUGGGAAUCAAUAUGGGAAUAGCACAUUUUAUAGAUAAAUUUUUUCUCCUGUCUGUGAUUCCCCUGAAGGUAGAAACAAAAGACUACAAGGAAAAUGCUUACAGUUCUGGAUGCUAUUGCAAUAAUUGUAAAAGUGCAUACGGAGAAAUUAUACUUUGGUGGUUUCUUCAUUACAAGCUAUCUAGUGGCUUAAAAUGCCAACUGGAAACAGAGUUAAAAUGUAUUUAUUGAGAUGGCGAAAGUGCAUUUUACUGUAUUUUUAUGAACAAUGUUUAUUUCAUAGGAUUAUUUUUACAAUUGGCCACUCUCCUGAAAUAUAUAUUAGUUCCACUGAGCACAGUAGUCUGUGGCAAAUGGGUUUUUACAUAAUGUUGCAUUUAAAAAAUUCUUCCAUUUGUAUUGGAAUUUGUAAAAUUAAAAAA